AUGGUGCAGGACACUAGGACCCCCAAGGAGAACCACCUCGUCAGCGCUUCUUUGCUACGCAAAAUCGAUAAACUCCGCGAGCGAAACAUCAGCAAGCAUGUUCCUCUGCCGCAGCUUGUGGUCGUGGGCGACCAGAGUUCGGGCAAGUCGUCCUUACUAGAAAGUCUGACAGGGAUCCCGUUCCCUCGCGACGUUGAGCUCUGCACACGCUACGCAACGCAAAUCACGCAGCGGCGGGACGACGUCUCCCGCGUCCAGGUCAGCAUUACCCCGGGGCCGAAUGCCUCCGAUCCUCACAAGAUGCAUGUGAGGGAAUACCGCACCGACGCGCUGUCCCUUGAGGAAUUUCGGGACAGGUUCCCGAGUAUCUUGCGUGAGGUGAGUAGCCUGAAAAGCCCGUGGACGGCGGAGGCUGACAGCCGGAAGGUCAACGCUAGGAUGGGCAUCCGGAUGAACAGUACUCAUGACUCCGGCUACACGUCGACCGAGCCCCCUUCUGACGGCGGCUACACUUCGGAUGAUGACAGAGUUUCAGGAGUAUCGCCCCAGAGAGAUUCGGCGCCGCAAGGAGAUCGGGUGUUCAGCGAGGACGUGCUCAAGAUCGAAAUCUGCGGCCCAUCGGCCGACUACCUGACGGUAAUCGACGUUCCGGGCAUCUUCCGCACUGCAGAACCGGGGAAGACUACCAUGGAAGAUGCGGCCCUGGUCGAGAGAAUGGUGCGCUGGUACAUCCAAGACCCCCGCACCGUGAUCCUGGCCGUGCUCCCCAGCAACAUUGACAUCUCCAACGGAGGAAUCCUGACCAUGGCGGAGGAGUACGACAGAAACGGGGAGCGCACUCUGGGCAUCUUGACGAAGCCCGACCUUGUGUUGGAGCCGAGUGCAAAGGCCUCGGUGUGCAACAUUAUCCGCGGGAAGAAGAAGCAGCUCACGCUGGGGUACUACCUUGUCAGGAGCCGGGGUGCCGACGACGGCGAUGCAGAGUUCGAGCGCAGAGAAGAUCUGUUCAAACAGCACCCUUGGAACGAGCUCCCGCCCGAGAGGGUCGGAGUCAGGGCACUGAAGGCACGCCUCGCGGAGCUCCUGGGGCACAUCGCUCGCCGAGAGUUCCCGACACUGUCCAAGGACAUCGGCAAGAUGCUGCAAGCCGCAGAGCGGGAACGAAACUCACUUGGCCCGUCCCGUAAAGAUGAGCACGAGCAACGCCGAUUCUUAAGCGGCAUCGCCGGUCAGUUUCAGGACCGUGUGCGACAGGCGCUGGAGGCGCAGUAUGCCGGCGACAGCGCCUUUGAGAGCAAACGGGAGCUCCGUCUUGUGACGCACGUGGUCAAUCUCGCCGAUACCUUCAGCCAGGCGUUUCAAGACCGAGGGGUUCUGCGCCGGUUCAAGACCGUUGGUGGGAGGGAAGAGGUCGCGAAUCGUGCGUCGCUGGACGACACGACUGCGGCAGGUUCGGAGUUUGAGCAAGACGAUGAUCUAGACGACUUCCCCGAGCUGGAACACAUUAUCAGCCAGGAUUGUGACGUCGACGUGCCCGAAGACGGCAUCAUGGACUGGAUCAGGGAGCUGUAUGCGCGGUCUCGUGGAAUGGACCUUGGCACUUUCAGCAGUGCCAUCUGGGCGAGCGCCUGGAGAGAGCAGUCAACCAAGUGGCCGAGCAUGAGCAAAGCCUUCAUGAGCAGGGUGGUUGUUGCCAUUCACCGCUUCAUCACGGCUGCGCUCAAAGACGUCUGUAUCGAUCCCGGUGUACGCGGCGAGCUGUGGGCGGCCAUAGUCGAGGAACUGCUCCGGCGCUACGAGGCUGGCAUGGCGGCGGCCGAGUUUCUGUCAUCUGCUGAGCGGGAUGCCAAGCCCUACACGCUCGACUACGCCUUCAACGAGAACCGACAGCGGUCUCGCGGUGAGCGGAUUGCCGAGCGGCUGGAGGGCAUCUCAUUCGAGGACGAGCACGGCCGAGACCUGGUGACUAUCGACCAGGUCCGGAGCAUCACGGAGAGGAAGUCGAACAUCGAGGACAUUGUCGAGAAGCUUCACGAUGACCUCAGCGCGUACUAUGACAUUGCUCGCAAACGGUUCGUCGACAACGUGCUCAACCAGGCGGUCAAUUACCGCCUGCUUUUCGGACCGUCCACGCCGCUUGGAGUGUUGAGCCAGGAGUGGGUGAUUGGGCUGAGGUCGGACCAGCUCGAGGCCAUCGCAGGCGAAUCGCCGAGUAUCAGGGAGUAUCGGGAAGCAUUGACCAGGAAGAUUGCCGACUUGACAGCGGCGAAGGAGAUUUUGCGGCAAGUUACCUGUAAAGCCGUGCCUUUGACAACAACACUUCGCCAAUCCUCCACCUUCGGCGCACCUAGCAGCAAUGCGCCGCUGACGGCAAUACCAAUGUCAGCCCUUCCCAAUGGCGCCGCCCGGACCACAGCAGCCAAGAUGCCUGCCGUCAAUAGCAGCAACAUCCCAUCCAAUCCGCCCACCAUGACCACGACCACUACGAAACAACCACCUUCCUCCAAGAGCCCCUCCGACCCCUCCACGGCUCUCUGCAACGCCACAACCCCCUCCGAGAUCCGCACCACCCUCGCAUCCCUCCACGCCCGCGAAGCCUCCCUCACAGCCCACCUCACCACCCUCCUCUCGACUCACGCGGACCUGACUCGCUCCCUCUCCCGCCUCGACAACCUGCGCGCGGGGCUCGGCGACCAGGUGAUCGCGGCGCGCAGCAUAUACAACACGAUGCUGGCGUCGGCCUCCCACACGGCAUCCCGCCUCUCGGGCCGGGUGCGCGCCCUCGACCUCGAGAAGCAGCGCGUCGAGGACACCCUGCGGGUGGUCGAACAGGUCGCCGAGCUCAAGGCCUGCGUGGCGGGCGUCGUGGGGAGCAUGGGCGCGCCGCAGGACUGGGAAGCCGCGGCCGGGUACAUCAGCCGGGCGGCGAGGGUGCCCGAGGAGAUUGUGCGGGGCGGGUUCGCGGCGGCCGUCGUGCCGACGGUUGAGGUGCCGGACCCGCCUUGGGUUACGCUUGAGGAGGCUAGGGAGAGUUUGUGUAGUCUGUUUUUGAGGGAGUUCAAAAAGGCUGCUACGGAGGGGGAUGCGGCCAAGGUGACGAGGUUCUUUAAGCUUUUCCCGCUUAUUGGGAGGGGCGAUGUCGGGUUGGAUGUCUAUGGGCAGUUGUUUGACCAUAUUGCGCGUAUCAUUGAGGCGCAUGGUGGGCUUGUGGAGAGGCACUAUGGAACGGGCAAGAUGGUUAAGGUCAUUGAGCGGCUGCAGAUGGAGGCGGAUGUCCAGGGCGGCAUCAUUCUGGACGCAUGGAGCGACGACCGGACUGUGGACCGACGAUUGACCGACGUCAAGAGUUACCCCUUUACCUUCUUGGUGCAGAGCUUCUUGCCACGCCAACGAGGCUUCGGAGGGACACCCCGGGUCAACUCACCCGCCGUUGGCGGCGGAACCAAUGAUCCUCGCAAUAGCGAAGAUGAAGGUGUCAACAUGAGAGAGGUGGAUGCACUGCUGGUUGAGAGUGCUGCCAUGCUCGAGAAGUGGUCGGUCUACUGUCGCUUCCUCGCUGGAAAGUGCAAGGACCCCGACACUCCUGAUGACACACCGCUCACCAUGCCGGACGUCCUCAUCAAGUCCAACCUGAUUAAGAAAGUGUCAGGAAAGCUUGUGAGCCCGUAUAACGCGCUGACCAUGUUCUUCUUCCGCCGGUCUGUAGAGAAGGCAUUCCAGCUGGACGAGUCACCGACCGGGCUAUCAUUAAACAUGAACAGGUCAAUAGAUACCAACCCCCCAUUCAUCAUCUCGGCCGUUGACGUGGUCAUGUACAUCGUCAACACCGUCAUCCGAAGAUCAAUAUCUACCUCUCAAAGAGGCGUCAUAGACUCCGUCAUACCCACCAUAUCCGGUUUACUCGGCUCCGACUUCGUCGGCAUGGUACAGCGCAAGAUGCGUGAUGAGUCGUACCCCAGCGCUACCGUCCAGGGCAACUUCCCGCCCGAAGACAAGAUUAUCUCCUUCAUCGUCCUGAUCAACAGCCUCGACAUGGCCAACGAAUACCUCGCCCGCAUUGUCUCCAACAUCCUCAGCCCCCCAGACCAGCAGCACCAAUCCAACGGGACAUCUCACCCCAAACCCCUCCAAAACGCCUUCCCCUUCCAGAACGACGCCGCCGAUGUCGCAGCGCGCCUCAACAACCUCAACGCCUCCUUCUCGGCCAAGACGACCGAGCUGCUCUCCGAAGGCAUCAAGGUGCUCUUCAGCCAGGUGGUCAAGGCGCGACUGCGGCCUGUGCUGAGCGACACGUUCCGCGACGCCGACUACGGGCUGACGGAGGACGAGCUGGCCGAUCUGGCGGCGGCGAACGGCCAGACCGAAGACGACUUGCUGGAUCAGGUGCCGCGCGCCUUCGAGCACGGCUGGGACGCGCUCAUGCGGCCCAUCGCCCGCCUCAUGACCCCGCGCACCUACACCACCCUGCUAGACCUGACGGCCGACUACCUCACGCGCGUGCUCGAGAAGAGGGUGUGGAGCUAUGCGGGGGGUAGGGCGAGUCCGUACGGGGCGAUACGCAUGGAGAGGGAUUUUGGAGGCAUCAUUGGGACGAUUAGCAAGGGUAACUAUGCUGUCCGCGAGGUGUUUGCGCGGACCGCGCAGGUGCUGAUGGUGGCGAAUAUGGAAGACGAGGAGUGGGAGGAGCUGGCUGGGGAUGGACAGGAGGGGGCGAUAGAGUGGGUGCUGAGCGAGGACGAGAGGAGGAGGGCGAGGAGUAUCGUUAGGAGUUGAGAGGACGGUUAGAGACAGCGAAUCGUUAGAAGCCCCUCGACUUGGGCGAUCCCUGGAAGCAAAUGGGGACAUAUUGCUUGCCU